UGUGUGUCUGCCAGGCCAGAGCCCUCCUUUCCCCUGCGCGUCCUCAUUGGCUGGUGUCGCUGCUCCAGGCAGACUGCCCAGGGAGGGAGCGAAGUUGGUGCUGGGGCUCCCACUUCCCUCGGCACCUCUGCGCUGCUCCAGCAUGCUGGGGGAUCACAGCAGCCUCCCCGCAGACCGGGCUCUGCUCAGCCAGCCCCCCAAGACUGGACUCAGCUGCAAAAUGGUGCUUCAGGCGGUCGGCAGAGUGCUCAGGAAGUCCAAAGCAAAGCCCAACGGGAAGAAGCCUGCGGCCGAGGAGAAGAAGGUGUACCUGGAGCCAGAGUACGCCAAGUCCAGGAUCACCGACUGCGAGUUCAGAGAGCUGGUGGUGCUGCCCCGGGAGAUCGACCUCAACGAGUGGCUGGCCAGCAAUACCACCACGUUCUUCCACCACGUCAACCUGCAGUACAGCACUAUCUCGGAGUUCUGCACGGGGGAGGCGUGCCAGACCAUGGCCGUGUGCAACACACAGUACUACUGGUAUGACGAGCGAGGGAAGAAGGUCAAGUGCACUGCCCCCCAGUACGUCGACUUUGUCAUGAGCUCUGUGCAGAAGCUGGUGACGGAUGAGGACGUGUUCCCCACGAAAUACGGCCGAGAGUUUCCCAGCUCCUUCGAGUCCCUGGUGAAGAAGAUCUGCAGGUACCUGUUCCACGUGCUGGCCCACAUCUACUCGUCCCACUUCAAGGAGACCCUGGCGCUUGAGCUGCAUGGACACUUGAACACCCUCUACAUCCACUUCAUCCUCUUCACCAGGGAGUUCAAUCUCCUCGAUCCCAAAGAGACCGCCGUCAUGGACGACCUCACGGAGGUGCUGUGCAGCAGCGGGGGCCACGGUGGGGGCAGCACGGACGGGGCCAGCGGUGGGGGUGCAGGGGCACAGAACCAUGUGAAGGAGAGGUGAGCCGCAUGGCCAGACAGGCGUGCACGUGUGCAGAGACGGUGGCAUGUGUGCCUGCGUGUGUCCACCUGUGUGCGCACAUGUGCUGGGCACGCAGUUGGAGAGGUGACGCUGCCCAGGCCAGGCCAUGCAGAGUGUGGACCCCGGAGCCGGCGUCUGCCUGCUUCCCGCUCCAUUUUCCUGUUGGAUGGACAAGUGCCGCUUGUCGAGAAGCACCUGGGACUCCUUCCUUCGCUCAGCACACCAAGGGGACUCUGCUGUUUCCUCCGGGCUUCCUUUCCUUGUCUUCUCUGCGGCCCGGCCCCACCUCCCCGGCUCUGCCACUCUGAGAAGUCGCCAGUGAGAUGGGGCUCCUCCUAGGCCUUGGGCUGCAGACCUGGGUUCCUCUUGGUUGUGUUGUUUCAGGGUGGGUUAUCUUAGAUUCCUCCUGUCUCCCCUCGACUGGAUCUUGGCUGUUGGCAGUUCAGCUUGGGGGGAAGGGGGAGGCCAGCGAUGCUCUGUAGGGCCCCCCAGCUCAUGUCCCUGUUCCUCCUGCCCCUGCCGCCCAAGAGGGACCCUGGACUAGCCGGCCUUGGGACCGAGGCAUCGGGGGCGGCAGCCUGUGCGGAGCAGCUGUGGGCAGAAGGCAGAGCCUUGCACGCUCUGCUCCUCUCUGUUUGCUCGAAUAAAAAGAAUUCUCUCAGGUUA